CCAGAAGACAGUCUUCUACUUUAUCGCUUUAAAUGGAUCAAACACUUACGCUUUAUAUCAAGAGUUAAGAUCUUACACGUAACUGUUGUUUCUGCUCUCACGUGGCCAAUGAGCUACUGGUAUUCCAGCGGGAUUAUAUCUUUUCCAACUCUUGUUUGUGCUAUUGCAGGAGCUGCAGGCACAACCGCUGGGUUAGUUGCUCUAAGUUUUUUCUUCCGUCGAGUUGUUGGAGAGAUUUCAUUCCAUGAAAAUUCACAAUCAGUGAUCAUUUCCAGCUUGACUUUUUGGGGGAAUCGACGCAAUAGAAUUCUUCCCCUCUCCAGCCUGGUUCCACUCUGCGACUCAGGAAUUGACGUGAAGAACACUUUUCACAGGUUAGAACUGUAUGAUUCCAAGGAUGUUUAUCUUCUGAACUUGCGGCAUUGCAAGAUCUUUGAUGAAGCUUUCUUUAGUGUCACUGGAUUGCAUGUAGACCAAACUGCAGCGACAUUGAGAAAAUAG